AUGGGCUGGUCCUCUCCCGAUAGCUGGGCUACCAGGCUCUUGUCUGGCGACCCCGUUGCCAUCUUCAUCGCAUUCUUGGUCGCGAUAACCCUCCCACUACUUGUCCACCUGUACCUAUACACCCAUGCUGCCCGUGCCAAAGUCGUUCCGACUUUCCUUCUUCUUGGGCCUAGCGGUGCAGGCAAGACCUCCCUCGUCUCUCUACUACAAAGGCGAUCCCUCAAUCUCGAAGACCCCCAGGCAGAGGCUGUCCUCACCCGCGUUUCUCAGGUCUCCUCCCCCGCCAGCUUACUACUUCCGCCCUCGAUCCCCCUAGGUUCCAAUAAGUACCGUUCCGAUAACGAUGUCGCCCUGAAAGACAAGCAACCAACUCCAUACGUAAUGAUCGAUACCCCUGGCCAUGGGAAAUUGAGGUCGGAUCAAGCGUUGUCACAAAUUCAGAACCCCGCCCUCCGCGGGGUCAUAUUCGUGGUGGACUCCAGUGUGCUGGACGCCAGCGACUCGUCCGCCUCUCGCGACACCGCUGUUUAUCUUCAUGAUACACUGCUAUCCUUGCAGAGACGAAAACCUCGCGGCAAGACCAAGACCGAGAUACCUGUCCUCAUCGCAGCGAACAAGCAGGACCUAUUCACCGCUUUACCGACAGGUGCAGUCAAGGAGCGCCUACAAGCUGAGAUUGAAAGAGUGCGCAUGUCGAGGAGCAAGGGACUGGGUACCGUAGGUCAAAACAGCGAUGCUGAUCCCGAAGAAGACAUCUUAGGAGGCGGCCGCGAAGGCAAGUUCAGCUUCGAGUUGAUGGCAGAAGAGUAUGAUAUCAAAAUCGAUGUGCUAGGGGGAGCAGUCCGAGGCGAAGAAGCGGGCAAGGGAGUGAGGAGGUGGGAGGAGUGGAUAGGCUCUUGUCUAUAA